CCAAAUUCUGCAUUUUUCCCACGGUCAGCUCGUACCACUUUUUAUUAUUAUUAUUAAUAUUAAUUAGCUCACUUCCGGACUUAUUUCUUGGACGUUUAGCUCACGAAAGUUGUGUUUCCGCCAACUUCAUCCGCCUCAGUAACUUUAUUUCCUCUCGUAAUCAUCAGUAUGGAGGUUGGAGACAAGCUGAAAGAACUAAACAUGACAGGAGAUGAAAUUGACAGACUGACAAGAGCGCUUAAAGAAGAGAAAUUCGGGGAAAUGCUGCGCAAUUACGCACAUGAAUUAUCGGACCCUGAGAAUAAGACAAGGUACGAAGAGGAGAUCAAACUUUUGGAGAAGGAGAGAGGAAACACGAUUGAGUUUAUCCACCCGAAACCGUUUCGGUCUCUCAGGACGAGUGUGAACGGCAAGCAGAAGUGUUUCAUCAAUAUCUGCGCCAGUGAAAAGGUUGGAAAGCCUGAAUGUAAAUGCGGGGUGUCGGAGGAUGGCCGCAGAGGACAGUGCUGGUCCCUGCCUCACAGUCUGCACCCAGGGAGACAAGACACAGACCCAAAAGGGAACAAGAUCAUGAUCUAUGAUGUUAUCUUCCACCCUGACACCGUCCACAUUGCAAGCAAAAACAAGAGAUUCAUGGACACGGUGGACAGCACAGCCAUCCAGGGAAUCCAGGAUGCUUUCAAAGUGACUCUGGAUAAAAACAAUGUGAGGGAGAUGAGUACUAAAUACAAGGGUGCCCCUCAGCCUUGUGUCAUCCGAAAACCCAUACCUGGUUACAAAUCCAAGGAGCCCUCAGAGGUGCCGGACCCUCUUGCAUUCCCAUACCCAGAUGAAAAAAGACCUACUGCGUCCCUGCAAAUGAAGCCCACAGAAUCGCCUGCAACACAAAACAGCGGUGAUGCUGAACCUAAAAGCUACAGCAUUCAGCCUGAGAAAGUCAGAGAGCCUACCAAGCCAAACUACACAGUCAAAUAUCGAUCUUUUGUGGAUCUACAGGACUUCAGAUGCUCCAGAGACUCUGCCCAAAGCCCCAGGCCCAAAGAGAUAGUGGUUACCAUCGCCGUGCCACUUCUGAAGGCGGCCUCAGACGCCAGCCUCGAGGUGAAAGAGAGACAGCUGCUGCUGGCAUCCAAGAAACCAGCCUACAGACUGGAGCUGCCCUUAGCCUACCCUGUGGAUGAAGACAAAGGAGAGGCCAAGUUCAACAAACAGAGAGGACAGCUUACAGUCACACUGUCUGUUCUUCCUUCUGAUGAAGCUUUUGAUUUAUCCGGAGGGUCUGCUCAGACUGGUGUUAGUGAUGAUGAGAUAGAGGAGGAGAAACGAGAGGUGGACGAAGAGGAGCGGGAGGAGGAGGAGAGGGAAAGCAAGAAAAGUGAGGAGGAGCAAAUAGCUGUUGAGGAGGAUUUUAGGCAGCAGACAAGGGUAGAGAAAGUUGAAAAAGAGGGUGAAACUGGUCAUGAGAAAGGAGAGGAGCAGAUGAGGGCAGACAAUGAAGGUGUAGUGGGUGAGAAGGAAACAUGGGAAGGAGAAAAUGGUGACGAAGAAGAGAAAAUUGGUUUGGGGGAGGAGGCAAAAUGGGAAAAGCAGAAUGGAAAAGGCCAAGAAGGUGUGGAUGAGAUAUUGAAAAAGCAGAAAAAGGAAAAUGAAACAGAGGUUGGAAAGUCUAACUUACAGAAAAGGCAGCAACUUGAAGACAACGAGGACUCUGGUCUAAGUUUUCAGUGGGAUACUGUCGGUGUUUCAUUGCCUGAUCAUAACAGGCUUGUGGCCACACCUGAAACAGAUAACCAGCUUGUUUUAAUCCCUGCUGAACAUUUAAGCUGCGAAGAAAAAGAGGGAGAAGUCCAUCUGAACUCUUGUUCGGAGUCACCAUCCGAAAUGAAGACUUCAGACAUCAAAGAGGAGACGGCGGAAACAGACGCUGCAUUUCUAAAUCACAGAUCGAGUGAGGAAUCCCAAACUUCCAGAUCUGCUGAACCUCAUAGCCAGAACAACACAAAGGACUUCUCAGACGGGGUCACAGAGGAACCGGCCGUGGGUUCAGUAAAGCAGGUGCAGAGGGAGAAUAUCGACCAAGAUGACCGGCCAACGGUGCAAAUCUUCCACAAACCAGAGCACGACACCAAGCCACCACCUGUGUUUUUAAGGGAAAUUGAUAAAGAUGGAAAUGAAAAGAUCAUCAGUGACCAUUCCACCUCUGCUGGGUUCAUCUUCCAAAACUCCCUGAUGUAUGAGCUGGACUGAGGCUUCAGAGGUUGGGAAGUGGCUUUCUUGUAUUACAGCAGCUUUGAAUGCAAGUUAUGUUGUUAAAUACUACAAUAUUAAAUGUUCAUAUUCUCAAAACCUGUCACUUCAUUAAAACACAUGACACAUAAAUCAUUUAAAUGUCUCUGAAUAAACCACU